AUGAUUUGGGGCCUGGCGAUGCAAUACCCUGCGCUAGUCGUUGCGGCAGCCAAUGCGUCUUUCACAACCGAGAACCAAAGAGAGCGACUCGAUUCGCACCACGCAACGAACGCCAUUCUUACGGGGAAUGAUGCGUCGAAGGGAGUGGAAGAGCACCAGAUCGCCUCCCUGGGGCUGGAAGAGCAUCAGCUCGCCUCCCUGGGAGGCGAUCUGGUGCUGUUCGAGCCCCCGCGGUUCGGAAGAGCCGGUGACCGUGCCGAGGGCGAUGGAAACGCCGCGGGCAAACAGGGAGAGGCACCUCCGGGAGGCGAGCUGGUGCUCUGCAAUUUAAGGACUCCGUCAGCACCUUACGAGAAAUCAAAGUCUUUGGGUUCCGGGGGGAGUAUGGUCGCAAGGCUGGCACUUAAAAAGGAAACUGACGGAAGGGCACCGCCAGGAGUGGAGCCUGCGGGUUAA